AUAUCGAUUUACGGCAAGAAAAGCAAAGGACUAUAAACGGGGAGGCCCUCUCACGCAACGUCUGCAAUUAUAUAAAAAUUAGUAUAUCUAGUAAAAUCUCAAUACAUAUGUAGCUAUAUAUUUUUCACUAGCAAAUCGUUGAAUGAUUGAAAUUGGAACCGGCGAGGGAAACACGCCAAAGGAGAGAGAGAAGAUGCUGUGAUACGUUUACUGGCAGUGAUAGAGCGAGAGGGAGGGAGGGGGAGGGUGAUACGGAAAAGAUGGUUGUUUUGCAAGGGGUGCAUCUUUCUUCAAAAAAAAUCGCUACAGUGUGGCUGUUGGACAUAACAUAUAUUUUCACUUUACAAAGAAACUUCAAAAUGAUCAGAUUUUGACAGACGUGGAUAGAUGUAGGCUGACCACAGUGUAUGGUAGCACUUGUGUGGCUAACUCGAAGAAAACAUGCUGCUCCACUUGUGAUAAUCGGCCUGACAGUGAAUACCAUUUACAUCAGUCUGCAUUGAACUAUAAGGACGUUUUAUGUUGCAAUACAUUGUUUGAAUGAAUUGAUGUAGCAGGUUGCAGAUAGACAAGAAAUGGUGCAGUCAAAACGAACGUUGAUAAAUAUCUAUAAAUGAUUGUUGCUGUCAAACUGAAAUAGCUAUUGGUACCUGUUAUGCUAUGUGGAUUGACCAAUGUAUCAUAAGCGAAGCUAGUUAAAAUCUGAAAACUGACAUACAGGCCAACCAUGUUAUCAAUCUUUUCAUACUUGUUAUCAUGAUAGGUGUCGCUAUUUUGAGUUUAGGCUAGUGCAUAACAUGAUAUUUGUGUCAGCAAUCCAUUUACUCAGCUGUUGAUUGUUCAGUUUCAAUAUAAGACGUCUAUAUUCACUAAGAAGUAAAACCUCACAAAUCAGUGGAGGUAGUAAGUUUUGUCUGGGAAUGUGAAAUAUUACUCACAAUUCUUAAUUCAGGAUUUAUCCUGCCUUUAACUCAGACUGGAGUUGUAGGUCUAUAUCUCAAAGUUGCAUUGCAAUCUUUUCCUAACCAUUACUUGCCAUUGUUAUACAGACUUCCUUUUUUAUUUGGAGACAAUCAUUUGUGAAAUUCACCUAGAUACAGAGCUAGUUAUCAACAUUGGUCACUAUAAGUUGUAGUCAGUAGUUAGAGCAGUAUGAGUAAGGAACUGUCACUAAGUCAGACAGCUCAAUAUGUUGGGCCAUAUCGAAUGGAAAAAACACUGGGAAAGGGCCAGACAGGCUUGGUGAAGCUUGGAGUUCACUGCAUUACAGGACAGAAGGUAGCCAUCAAAAUAGUCAACAGGGAGAAGCUGUCAGAGUCCGUUCUGAUGAAGGUGGAGAGGGAGAUUGCCAUCCUGAAGCUGAUUGAGCACCCGCAUGUGUUGAAGCUGCAUGACGUUUACGAGAAUAACAAAUACCUGUACCUGGUGUUGGAGCAUGUGUCAGGUGGGGAGUUAUUUGACUAUCUGGUGAAGAAAGGUAGGCUGACACCUAAAGAGGCCAGGAAGUUCUUCCAACAAAUCAUAUCGGCCCUGGACUUCUGUCACAGUCAUUCUAUCUGUCACAGAGACCUGAAGCCAGAGAACCUGCUCCUGGAUGAGAAGAACAACAUCCGCAUCGCAGACUUUGGCAUGGCCUCCCUACAGGUGGGGGACAGCCUGCUGGAGACCAGCUGUGGAUCCCCACACUAUGCCUGUCCAGAAGUGAUCCGGGGAGAAAAGUAUGAUGGUCGAAGGGCAGAUGUGUGGAGCUGUGGAGUCAUCCUUUUUGCUCUGCUGGUGGGUGCCCUACCAUUUGACCAUGACAACCUGCGUCAGCUCCUUGAGAAGGUGAAGAGCGGGGUGUUUCACAUGCCUCACUUCAUCCCACCAGACUGCCAGGCACUGCUCAAAGGCAUGAUCGAGGUUGACCCCGACAAGAGACUUAAGCUAGAGGCCGUCCAGAAGCACUCCUGGUAUCAGUCGGGUUGUAACGAGCCAUGUCCCGAGCAGCCCCCUCCCAGGAGUGUGUGUAUGGGGCGCAUCCUGUAUUUGACCGAGCUGGACCCGGAUGUGCUGGACAGCAUGCACUCUCUGGGCUGCUUUAGAGACCGCGGGAAACUCACGCGCAACCUGCAGUGUGAAGAAGACAACCAGGAGAAGAUGAUCUACUAUCUCCUGUUGGACAGGAAGGAGCGUUACCCCAGUUACGAGGAUGAAGAUCUGCCGCCCCGAAAUGAUGUAGCGGACCCCCCUCGUAAGCGUGUGGACUCUCCCAUGCUGACACGUCACAGCCGCUGCCGCCCGGAGAGGAAGAGCCUGGAGGUGUUGAGUGUGACCGAGCAGUGGUCUCCCACCCCACCAUGCAGGGCCCUGGACACGGCCGCAAACAGCCAGAGGUCUCGCUCAGUCAGUGGGGCGUCCACCGGCCUUUCCUCCAGCCCUCUCAGCAGUCCCAGGGUUACUCCCCAGGGCUCUCCGCUGCCAACCCCCAUGGGCACCCCCGUACACCACCCCUCCUCCACCCCUCCCUCUAACUCUUCCUCCUCGUCCUCCUCCUUGCGGGUGGAGGGAGGUGGAGGGGUGGGUUCCCUGUCCCUGACUCCUCCCUCCAGCCCCGGAGGGGGCGGCAUGGCGGCUAGCAGCUCCGCCCACUGGAGGACCCGCCUCAACUCGUUCAAGAACAACCUGCUGGGCUCGCCCCGCUUCCACCGCCGCAAGAUGCAGGUGCCCACAUCAGAGGAUAUGUCCAGGCUGACCCCUGAGUCCAGCCCUGAGCUGGCUAAGAAGUCGUGGUUUGGGAACUUCAUCAGCCUGGAGAAGGAGGAGCAGAUCUUUGUGGUGAUCAGAGACAAGCCACUGAGCUCUGUGAAAGCAGACAUCGUCCACACCUUCCUCUCUAUCCCCUCCCUCAGCCACAGCGUCAUCUCCCAGACCAGCUUCAGGGCCGAGUACAAGAUUUCCGGUGGCCCCUCCGUCUUCCAGAAGCCUGUUAAGUUCCAGGUGGACAUUGCCUCCUCCGAGGGAGAGAGAGUGCAGGAUAGGGAGAAAACCGAGAGGAAAGGCAAGAGAGAGACAGGCAUCUACAGCGUGACAUUCACCCUCAUAUCAGGUCCUAGUCACAGGUUCAAACGAGUGGUGGAGACCAUUCUGGCCCAGCUUCACAGCUCCCAUGAUCAGCCCAUGGGGGUCUCUGACCCCUUCCCAGACGAGAAGAACAACCGGACCCACAGGACCCCCACUCGCCAGAACUCUCGCCGCUCCGAGGGCGGAGGUGAGCGGUGUGAGUGGGGCGAGAGAGGCGACGGAGGAGGUAUCGGAGGCAGUGGGGGGGUCCUACAACGCAGAGGCUCUGGGAAGGAGAGGACCCGACUACUGUCCUCCAACGGAACACAGUCCCAACCCUGAGAGAGAGAGAGAGAGAGAGAGAGAGACCAGUCGGGUAGCAGGUGUCCAAAUGCCAUUGGGGGAAAAAAGAAGACAAAUUGUCAAACAAAACCUCACACCCUCACAAACCAUGAUAUAUCUCCCAUUCUGCCUCGAGAAGAUGUCUCAACAAGUUGCUUUAAGCCUGAACACAAGCUGUCGUUUUUUCUGUUUUGAAAUUUACAUUAAUUCACUGAAUCAAGCAGACCAGUAAUAAAACAAACCCCCCAAAAAAUGUCAAAAGGGAUCCAUGGAUGAGCUAGACACAUCAUAGGUCAAACUAGGAACUUUGAAGAAGCUCUAGUUUGCAUACCAGUUAGCAAGUCAUUAUGCAAAAAUAUGUUUAAAGUGGCAAUAUGUAACUUUUAUUUGACCAAAUUCACAUAGAAAUGUGAGUUAUAGAUCUAUCAUUCUACUUGGAAGCAAGUCUAAGAAGCGGUAGAUCUGUUCUGUGUGCAAUUUCUAUGCUUCCCGUUCUUGAGUUUUGUUUUUUGUUUUUGCGUCUUUUACUUUUUUUUUUUUUUACUGUACACCAGCUUCAAGCAGCUGUUUAGAUGGUAACAUUAUUCUCUACAAGAUAGUAACUUAUUUUGUCACAUAAACUGAAAUUAGGCUAAAACUAUUAGAGUUUUAGCAACCAGGAAAAGGCAGAGUGAUAUCUGCAUAGUGCAACUUCAAUUUAGAUGAUAAGAUUUGCUAGCGUACCAUGGAUGGUCCCGGAAAUCGAACCCACUAUCCUGGCAUUACAAACGCCAUGCUAUACCAACUGAGCUACAAAGGACCAAGCCAAUAACUCAAGCCAAAAGAUAAGAACGGUUUGAACAAUCUUGUGACGGUUCUUAAAAAUAGACAAUGCCCCCCUCCCUUGUACCUUUACCCCUCAGCAGCAAAGGAAACCUGAUGAAUACCUUGAUGUGCCCAACAUUGUACAUACAUUUACUCAAAAGACAAUGAAAGACGAUGGAGACAUGUAGAACCCUCUUGCUUAUUAUCACAGACCACCCAUUCCAGAAGAUAGAACCUGCUGCCAAUUCAAUGAAUGAGUUUGACAACACCUAAAGAUCCUGCUUUAAAAUUGAGAAAUUAUGUCCUUGAAAAAAAUAAAUUUUAACUUUGUCUUCUGUUGUAAAGAAAUAGAAAUUAAGCUAAGUGAAUGUGAAGAAUAUUUUUUUAUUUAGGUUAAGUUAAGAUGAUUUAUAUAUUGAUUUCAUCGGAUGUCGACACUCAGCAAAGAUAUAGGAGAGAAGAAUGACAUCGGGAAGAAUUGACAUCUUGGACAUACAGUAUCUGCUCCAGCAUCUGAAUGUGGAACCCAAGCCGAUGGGAAUUUAAAAGGUCAGAACGAAGUUGCCAUUGAUGUGUUUUGGAAUUCUUUUUGUAUUUUCUUUUUUCUCAGAGUCAAAUACAGUGUAACCAAGAUUAAUUCGGCGGAAACCUGUGCUCUGAAGAAAAGUAUUUUUGAUUUGAUGAGAAAUAUGAAAUAUAUUUUCAAAGACAUGGGCAAACAGUUACAUGGAUUGGACUUCCACUGUUUGUCCGUGACUCAAUAAAAAGUGCAUUCCAGACCUAUGGAUCGGACAGACUCCAUUUGCUCUCUGAGCUUGUCUCAUAUUACCACAGUUCACAUAUUGAAUCCAAAUAUAGAUUUUAACAUUUAUUAAUCGAUGGACAUUCUCAAAAUGCUGACAUAUUACUCCUUGCUAUCCAAGACUUAAAAUAGGCAAACAAGUGAGUCCCGUCAACACCAAUGAACCAAGUGAUAUAUCCUCUGCACCCACGUCACCUUAUUAUCACCACUCAACAAGCAGAUGUAGUUUUUCUGAUUUUCAUGUAUUAUAACAGUAUUAUGUGAUAGAAACUAGACGCAUUACCAGUCUUCCUUACUGCACAAUAUACAACAGAUGCAGAAUGUUUCCUUGUAAUGUAUUUAUGUAUUUAUUUACUUGUUUUAUUUACUGUAUGUGUUUAUUGAUGCAUUAUUUAUUUAGGACAUUCAUAUUGCACCAACAAAUACUGUACCAGUAAAAGUUUGGACACACCUACUUAUUCCAGGGAAUUAUAGUGAAGACAUCAAAACUAAGAAAUAACAUGUAGUAACCAAAAAAGUGUUAAACAAAUCUAAAUAUAUUUUAGACUCUAAAUCUAAAAUAUAUUUUGAUUUGUUUAACACUUUUUUGCUUACUACAUGAUUCCAUAUGUGUUAUUUCAUAGUUUUGAUAUGUUCACUAUUAUUCUACAAUGUAGAAAAUAGUAAAUAUAAAGAAAAACCCUUGAGUGAGUAGGCGUUUCCAAACUUUUGACUGGUACUGUAUAUCAGGAUCUAAUGCACUUUAUAUCUUUGAUUUCUUUCUCUUUCCCAUGACACCAACAUUGUUUUAAGAUCAUGAACUUUGAACUGUUACAUUCCUUCCCACCUUUCUGUCUAAAUGUUAGUUUCUAUUGUAUGAGUUAGUUAUACACUGAGUAUACCAAACAUUAGGAACGCCUUCCUAAUAUUGAGUUGCACCCCUACUUUUGCCCUCAGAACAGCCUUAAUUCCUUGGGGCAUGGACUCUACAAGGUGUCGAAAGCGUUCCACAGGGAUGCUGGCCUAUGUUGACUCCAAUGCUUCCCACAGUUGUGUCAAGUUGGCUGGAUGUCAUUUGGGUGGUGGACCAUUAUUGAUACACAGAGGAAACUGUUGACCGUGAAAAACCCAGCAGUGUUGCAGUUUUUGACACAAACUGGUGCGCCUGGCACCUACUACCAUACCCCGUUCAAAGGCACUUAAAUCUUUUGUCUUGAACAUUCACCCUCUGAAAGGCACACAUACACAAUCCAUGUCUCAAUUGUCUCAAGGCUUAAAGGUCCUUCUUUAACCUGUCUCCUCCCCUUCAUCUACACUGAUUGAAGUGGAUUUAACACGUGACAAUAAGGGAUCAUACCUUUCACCUGGAUUCACCUGGCCAGUCUGUCAUGGAAAGAGCCGUUUUAAGAAAUGUUUUGUAUACUCAGUCUAUAUUUCAUUCUCUGUUCAGGGUCGUAUUCACUAGGAACGAAAUGGAAGCAAACGGGCGUUUUGUGUGCACUAAUGAAUACGACCCAGUUUUGAUAAUUGGAUUGUAAGAGUUGAGUCAAUGACUGAGUCGGGGGUUUAUAUUUCAGAUCUGUUGCACCACCUGUGACCAGGUUACAGGCAAAGAGAUGAGAGGGACUCUCUUCAAGCAUUCUGUAUAAAGUGACUGAGCCAGUAAUGAGCACAUUCCUCUGGCAAGCUCAGCUGUCCACAUUCAUUGACAGACACUAGCAACCAUCAUCAUACACCUUUCCUCAACAACAUCAAAACGCUCAUUCUGCUCCCAUGUCUUUCUUUAUGCUUUUCCCCUUGACCUGUCUGUCAGUCAUCACUUCUAGCAAUCACGUUGUGCAGAUCACUUGAUACCACUGUACAAGUUGGUGUCACUGUUGGUAUUUACCCUAUGAUUGUUCACUGUCAUCUUCAUCACCACGAUCAUCAUAUUCAUCAUCCUUAAUCUAGCUAAGAUUGUAAACUAUUCUCCAUUCCUAAGGGUCAGUAGAAUAAGGUGUUUUAAAAAAGAAAUGUCUAUCAUCAUUUCAAUAUCAAAGUGCACUAUGAUAACUAUUGCCUGUGAUAAAAAUAAAAAAUAAAUGAUGGUUGAAUUGAUGGUCAAAA